AUGAUAAGGAGUGAGAAAGACUUUUUGAGAGAACCACAGAGUGAUUGUGUGGAAAAACUAGGGGGUGGGGUUUUUUUUGAGAUGUCAACUUCAUCAACAGAUAAGUUUUUGCAUGCAUCCAUUCCUAGAUUUGAUGGUCACUAUGACCAUUGGUCUAUGUUAAUGGAGAACGUCUUAAAAAGCAAGGAAUAUUGGAAUCUGGAAGAUGAGGGAAUUCCGGCAGUGACUGAGGCGCAACGGAAAACAGUGGAUGAAGCAAAGCUCAAAGAUUUGAAGGUUAAGAACUUUCUAUUCCAAGCAAUUGACAGAGAGAUCAUGGUGACUAUUCUUGACAAAGGAACAUCCAAAGCCAUCUGGGAUUCAAUGAAACAAAAGUAUCCGGGCUCAACAAAGGUGAGAAGGGCACAACUGCAGGCUUUAAGAAGGGAGUUCAAGCUGCUAGAGGAGUCAAAUGACCUCACCACCAUGAGUAUCGAUGAGCUCCAUGGGAGUUUGCUGGUUCAUGAGCAGAGAAUGCAGGGGUAUCAGGAAGACGAACAGGUGUUGAAAAUUGCAAAUGAAGGGAGAUUUGGAGGCAGAGGUGAGCAGAAGUUCGGAGGAAGAGCUCGUGGGAGCUUUCGUGGAAGAGGUAGAGGAAGAGGUUACACCAAAGACCUCGAGAAGAAUGCUCAAUAUGCUGAAUUGGAUGAGAAUGAGGAGAUGUUGCUUAUGUCAUAUGUCAAGGAGAAUGAUGCAAGAAGGGAGAGUGUGUGGUUUUUGGACUCUGGAUGCACCAACCACAUGUGUGCUACAAAGGAAUGGUUAUCUGACUUUGAUGAAAAGUUCAGGCAAUCAGUGAGGCUAGGAGACAAUUCAAAAAUGAUGGUGGUGAGAAAAGGCAACAUCAAGCUGGAAAUCGAUGGCCUAACUCAGAGAAGUGAAGAGGAACAAAAGAAAGAUAUUCUAGAAGGGGGAGAUGAAGAGGAAGAAAGUGAAGAAAUCCAAACUGGUGAUGAAGAAGAAGUUGCAAAAGGCCUAGACAGUAUCACUCCAACAAGUUCAGUAAGAGAAAUAAGUGUUCAAGCACCUGCUAGUCCGGUUUAA